AUGUCCACCGAUACCCAAGCAAUGCCUCAAGGAAAAGAGCCCCAGUCCCGACCAGUUCUUAAGUUGCUUGAGUUUGAAGAGAUCAAAUUCCAAAGAAAGACUGAUUGGCGGGGGGAAAUUGAUAAAGACACUUGGCCCAAAUUGACGGAAAAGAUGAACAGCAUCAUCCAGGACGAGAUCGCCGAGCUUAGGGAGAUUUUGGAGGGUGUCAAUGGUGCAGAGUUCAGGGAAGAUUUUGGGAAGAAGGCCAGACAAGUGCUGUCCAACAAAGAGAGCGAAUCAAGGAGAAAUGCUCUUAGGAAGAAAGCAGAACAAGGUCUGCCGAGCAAAUAUCAUCAUACAGUGAAGGUCUUGUUUGCAACCACAGUCCUCGAUUCGUCUCCGAUCGAGGUGAAGAUAGCUUUGGAAAUCACAGUGACAGAAGGGUCCACCCCCAAAGCCCCUCAGUCUGCUGCAGGUCACUCAGGCACAAUUGUUUGGUUUUUCGGCUUGCAGAAAUACACGGUCAAUCUGCCUGAGGCCGACUACCAGUUCAUGAACGCAGACAAUGACUCAGAUGACUCAUUGAGCGACAUGGGCGACACCAGCGAACCAGAAGGCUCCCACUCCAAUAACUUAGAUCCAAGCGGACGUCCAAGCUACACCGGCUACACCGGCUACAGCAUGAAUCCGUCGUUUCAGGGGGCGUCUAAUGCAUACAGCAUGUGGGGUUAG